GGCUCUUACAAGCAUUAAAAAUCAUCACUCUGCUAACCCAACUCACUGUUCAGACGGGUCUUCUUGAAUGCAGCCUUUAUUACAACCUCACUGCUGCUUCCUACACUGAAGGAAUACCAUGUUUUUAAGUCAAUUCUUCUUUCUUGCUUUAUUGUAAUUAGGGGGUCUUGCAACAACCCCAAUGCUGUUACAAAGCACGGUGCUUUAUAACAGUAAAGCUUCUGGAAAACCCAAACAAAAGACACGUCAUCCGGUGACGUCAGCCUAUAUACAGUUCUGUGUGGUCGCAGCACAUAAGCAAAUCCAUUCUUGUGCCGUUUCUCAGAAAAGCUUUUCAGUAAAUGCACUCAUGCUGCUCCAGGAGCUCUUCUCUGCAACAAGCCGCCCAUCUGCCAUCAACAAGUUAAGACUGGGAGAACUAACGGCUGCGGAAAGGAGAGACUGAAGCUUUGAUUAACCAGCUGAGCAGUUCAAGGAGGAAAAAAUUAAUAGCUUACAUUCAAAGGUGAUUUAGAGGAUCAGAGCAGUCACAGAAAAUGAAGCCAGUGCUUUCCAGAGGAAUAUCCUAAGGAAAAAAACAACUCACCCUGGUGGAUUUAAUUUUACUCGGAAAGCCUGAGACAGAAAACAGGAAACUGGUCAAAGGCUCCUACAUGUUAGAGCCUUUUACAGACUCACUGCGUUGAGUCUAACAACCACGACUGAAUGCAGCCUCCAAUGUGCUCAGAAGAAUGGGCUUACAUUUCAAGUGGCCAUUAGGGGCCCCUAUGCUGGCAGCAAUAUAUGCAAUGAGUAUGGUUUUAAAAAUGCUGCCUGCCCUGGGUAUGGCGUGUCCACCCAAAUGCCGCUGUGAGAAGCUGCUCUUCUACUGCGACUCUCAGGGCUUCCACUCAGUGCCAAACGCCACAGACAAGGGCUCUCUGGGCCUGUCCCUCAGGCACAAUCACAUUACAGAGCUUGAAAGAGAUCAAUUUGCCAGCUUCAGUCAACUUACCUGGCUCCACUUAGAUCACAAUCAAAUUUCAACAGUAAAAGAAGAUGCUUUUCAAGGACUAUAUAAACUUAAGGAAUUAAUCUUAAGUUCCAACAAAAUAUUUUACUUGCCAAACACAACUUUUACCCAACUGAUUAACCUGCAAAAUUUGGACCUGUCUUUUAAUCAGCUGUCGUCUCUGCACCCAGAGCUCUUCUAUGGCCUUCGGAAGCUGCAGACCUUGCAUUUACGUUCCAACUCCCUGCGGACUAUCCCAGUACGCCUGUUCUGGGACUGUCGUAGUCUGGAGUUUCUGGAUUUGAGCACAAACCGUUUGCGAAGUUUGGCUCGAAAUGGAUUUGCAGGAUUAAUCAAACUGAGAGAGCUUCACCUAGAGCACAACCAGCUGACGAAGAUUAAUUUUGCUCAUUUCCUACGGCUAAGCAGUCUGCACACACUCUUCUUACAAUGGAACAAAAUCAGCAACCUGACAUGUGGGAUGGAGUGGACCUGGGGCACUUUAGAAAAGCUAGACCUGACUGGAAAUGAAAUCAAAGCCAUCGACUUGACAGUGUUUGAAACGAUGCCGAAUCUUAAAAUACUCCUCAUGGAUAACAACAAGUUAAACAGCCUUGAUUCCAAGAUCUUAAACUCCCUGAGAUCCCUCACAACCGUUGGCCUCUCUGGCAAUCUUUGGGAAUGCAGCACCCGAAUAUGUGCUUUAGCCUCCUGGCUGGGCAGUUUCCAAGGUCGGUGGGAGCACUCCAUCCUAUGCCACAGCCCUGACCACACCCAAGGAGAGGAUAUUCUAGAUGCAGUCCAUGGAUUUCAGCUCUGCUGGAAUUUAUCAACCACUGUCACUGCCAUGGCUACAACUUAUAGAGAUCCAACCACUGAAUAUACAAAAAGAAUAAGCUCAUCAAGUUACCAUGUGGGAGACAAAGAAAUCCCAACAACUGCAGGCAUAGCAGUUACUACCGAGGAACACUUUCCCGAACCAGACAAUGCCAUCUUCACUCAGCGGGUAAUUACAGGAACAAUGGCUUUAUUGUUUUCUUUCUUUUUUAUUAUUUUUAUAGUGUUCAUCUCCAGGAAGUGCUGCCCUCCCACUUUAAGGAGAAUUAGGCAGUGCUCAAUGAUUCAGAACCACAGGCAGCUCCGAUCCCAAACACGACUCCAUAUGUCAAACAUGUCAGACCAAGGACCAUAUAAUGAGUAUGAACCCACCCAUGAAGGACCCUUCAUCAUCAUUAAUGGUUAUGGACAGUGCAAAUGUCAGCAGCUGCCAUACAAAGAAUGUGAAGUAUAAUAUCUACCCGUCAUCAAAAAAAAUCAUAUCAGAUAAGUAACCUAUUUUACAUAGUAGAGGCUAAAUACAUAUCUAAUUUUUACCAAUGGUGACAUUAAGCCUAAUUUUCCAAACUAAGUGGAGACUUAGUUUUUGAAGUGUUAAAGUAUUUUUAAUUUUUUAAAUGAAACCAUAUUUUAAGUGUUAAAUUAAGCAAUGCUCACAUUAAUUUGCACUCCUGUUGUAAAGUCUUUAAAAAUGCUUACGUUAAAAUAAGACAUUUCAUGUAUGUAAUUAUAUAAUAUUGUGUGUAAACAUUUACACGAAGGUCUCCAUGUGCUAUUUUUUUUCUAACGAAAACAGUUUGGAAAGAGCUAUUGAGCAGAAACAGAUAUGGAUCAAUACCUGUUUGAUCAUUGGUCUCCAUCCCAUGUACCACCAACUAGAUAGCUGCUUAAAAGGAGACUUAGCAAAGUUCUCUUGUGUGAUAAUUUACUCAAAUCUUCAAUCUGCUACCAGUGUGGGAAGCAGAAUUUCAUGUAUGAUGAUGAAUGGUAAAUAUUAAAUACUUUCCCUUCCAGAGUUU